AUGAAGGUGUUCCUUGUUUUCAGUACGCUGUUGGUGACCUUGUCUGCGGCCUCCGAGGACUUUGACCUCACGCUCUUUUGCUGCCCAACCAACGACCGAAUUCUCUCGGAACUCCAGAAAGUGCUAGACAUCGAUGAUAAACUGGCUACCUUAACUUCGACAACUAGGAGACUCCAAGAAGCAAUGACGAAACAACACACAGCCGUUAUCCACCAGGUCGAAAUCACGCGCAGACAGGUGGAGGACCUGACCACUAGGAUCGAGCAGGUGGAGGCGAGGCGAGAGGAGAGUGAUCGGCAAAUGGCAGAGUUCAUGGCAGGGACUGAAGAUUACCUGGCGACUGUAGCUACCAGAUUUCAAGAGUUGCUGGAAAUUCUGGAAAAACAGUACAAAACCUCCGGUCGCAGCCGCCAGGAGCUCGAGAAGAAGGUCGACAUCUUAGACAUCAUCCAGCGACAAACAGCCAUGGACGUCUACACACUCAUGACAGACGUGGACGAGUGCCUCCUCGGGAAUGCCACGUGUCACCCGAGUGCCAACUGCAACAACAUCGCCGGCAGCUUCCUUUGCCUGUGCGACGGAGGCCACGUCGGGGGGGGCGACCUCCCCUGCGUCGACAUCGACGAGUGCGCGGAGGGAUCGCACGACUGCCACGGGAACGCCACCUGCACCAACCUGAAGGGCGGCUUCAACUGCACGUGUCUCCCGGGGUACGAGGGGGAUGGCAGCACGUGUGCAGAUAUUGACGAGUGCAAAAACGGCAGUCACUCUUGCCACCACCACGCCCUCUGCACCAAUACGGGCGGAGGUUACAUCUGCACCUGCUACCGUGGGUACAGCGGCGACGGAUUCAACUGUACCGACCCACUCUGCGAGGAGCCCUUCUACACGACCAUGGGCGAGUGCUUCCACUUCCUCGACGGGUACUAUAGCUGGGACGAGGCGAGAGCUGCCUGCAAGAAACUGGGAGACGAAUCUGACCUCCCCGUGACCUUUGACCUUGCUCAGCCCAGGAACCUCACGACUUUCAGGAAUUUCAUGGAGGAGAGAGCCCCGGGCGUGGAGGAGCUGGCGUGGCUCGGCGCCGUCUUCCACACCCUCAAGUGGCGCUGGAUCUCCGGCAGCCUCGUCGACAGCGAAGCGUGGCCCUUGCUGAACGACGAGCGAGGAGGGUGUGCCGCCUAUGUGCCAUUCGCCGACAGUGCCAGGAGCAUUCAGUGCCACUUCAGGAUCCACGCCGUGUGCGAGCGGGUGCAGCAGUACUACUGAAGCACGCUCUCUCCCUCUCUUUCAGUGGUAGAUAGAACAACAGCUUGUGGCGCAGAGAAGAGAAAAAAGUCGGAAUAAGGCGAAUGAAGAGGACGAAAAAAACGAACGAGGAAGAAGAGACAGAACAGAACAACGUGAAAAUAACCUCAAACAAUAAUAAAAACGAGAGAGAACGAAAA